AUGAAUUUAAGUUCAUUGGAGCCCCAAUAAUAAAACAAUCCAAAGGUAGAUGUAGGAAAAUGGAGUUGAUGGAAAUAUUGUGAAUUUCUUUUUUUAUAAUAAAGACUUGAUAAAUCAUCAGAAAGGAUCCGAAUGCUCAAUCAGAUUUCAAAAUGUGAGAAUAAUUGGGCUUGAUGAAAUUGAUUGGAGAAAAAUGAGAUAUAUUAUAGUAAUUCAUAGUUGUGAUGAGUUUCUAAUAAGAAGCUACGGGUGAUCAAAAAGGAUGAGGAAUGGAAGA